AUGCAGGAGCAAAUCUACACCGGCGACGCCUUCAGCGAAUCGGAAAGCGAGGAGGACGACGAAGAAGAUGACAAAGAACAUCAAGGGCCCGACCCAGCCCUGAUGAAAAGAUCCAAGAGCAAAGUCCUGCUCGAGUUCCGGUUCCGGGUGGAGGAAGCCAUCGUCGUCGACCACCUGUUUGUGAAAAGUCCCGAAAGAAAUCUCCUCAGAGAAAACCCCAGCCUCUGGGGUGUCCCGCUCUUCCCCAGCGCCGGCCACCCCGCCACCGACAUAAUCCUCAUGAAGUUCCUCAAAGCCAAUCGAUACAAGGUGCACGAAGCCUUCACGUCCCUCCGCAAGGCCUUGAAAUGGCGGGCCGAGUUCCGGCCCGACGAGAAGUCCCGAGAGGAUCCCAUGUCGAGGCCGGAGUUGAGCGGCCUGUGGUUUACCAGCGGCAGGGACAAGGAGGGCCGGCCUCUGUGCUACAGCCUUUGGGGCAAAGAGUCUCAAAAUGUGAUCUUGGCCUGGACUGGCGGCGGGGAUCUGAAAUACAGCCAGCAGUGUCUGACGUGGAGGGUGCUGUGCGUGGAGAGGGGGAUAAGGAGCCUCGACUUCGGGCCUGGGGAGGCAAACUCGAUCGUGCAGAUCAUUGAUCUGGAGAACUCGAUGGGGACCGCGAAGAAGGAGGUCAAGAUGAUCGACAAGAAGAUGAUUGGUCUGCUCCACAAUUGUUAUCCGGGCAUCGUAUACAAGAACUUAAUCAUCAAUGUGCCAUCAUGGUUUAUGACUCUCAACGCUAUAAACCUACGGCUCAUCACACAAAAGAGCAGGAACAAGUUCAUUUUUGUGAAGCCAUCGAAAGUCACCGAGACCCUUCUCAAGUAUGCCACCCCAGAGAACAUAUUAGUCCGAUAUGGAGGCCUGAGAAGAGAGAAUGAUGCUGAAUUCUCAAGUGAUGACAAAGUUCUUGAAGUGAAUAUAAGAGGAAGUUGGACUGAAUACAUUCAGAUUCCUGUUAAUGAGGCUGGUAUUACUGUAACUUGGGAUGUAACCGUGGUUGGAUAUGAUGUGUUGUACAAAGAAGAAUUCAUACCGGAUGAUGAUUGCUCGUACAGAAUCUUGUUACAGGAGAAGAAAAUGGGAGAGAGCAUAAGAAAUUCAUUUCAUGUGAGGGAACCUGGGAAAAUCCUCAUGACGAUAAUCAACAGCACGUACACGAAGAAGAAGGCUUUCUAUAGGUAUAAGACCAGACCAACUGUCCCGUUGUAUGCGUUUGGUGAUCCCAAACCCAGUUUUUGA